CCGCCAACCCCCGCCCGGCAGGCGAACCCUUUCCUCAUUGGUCACUGCACGGUCGUCUCGGGCGCCCAUUGGCCGGCUCUGACGCCCGCCUCUAUAAGAGGCGGGCAGCGCGAGGCUGCGAGCGGACCCAGCUCACAGCUAAGCUGCUCUCCAGAGAAGUACACCAAACUGAUCAUGAUUGAAGACAAUAAGGAAAACAAAGACCAUUCCUUUGAAAGGGGAAGAGCAACCCUUAUUUUUUCCUUAAAAAAUGAAGUUGGAGGACUUAUAAAAGCACUGAAAAUCUUCCAGGAGAAGCAUGUGAACCUGUUACACAUCGAGUCCCGAAAAUCAAAGAGAAGAAGCUCAGAAUUUGAGAUUUUUGUUGACUGUGAUAUCAGUAGAGAACAACUGAAUGAUAUUUUUCAUCUGUUGAAGUCUCAUUCUAAUAUUCUCUCUGUGAAUCUACCAGAUAAUUUUACUGUGAAGGAAGACGGCAUGGAAACUGUUCCUUGGUUUCCAAAGAAGAUUUCUGACCUGGACCAUUGUGCCAACAGAGUUCUGAUGUAUGGAUCUGAACUGGAUGCUGACCAUCCUGGCUUCAAAGACAACGUCUACCGUAAAAGACGAAAGUAUUUUGCAGAUUUGGCUAUGAACUAUAAACAUGGAGACCCCAUUCCUAGGGUUGAAUUCACUGAAGAAGAGAUUAAGACCUGGGGAACUGUGUUCCGAGAGCUCAACAAACUUUACCCAACCCAUGCCUGCAGAGAGUAUCUCAAAAACUUACCUUUGCUUUCUAAAUACUGUGGAUACCGGGAAGAUAAUAUUCCACAAUUGGAAGAUGUCUCAAACUUUUUAAAAGAACGCACAGGUUUUUCCAUCCGUCCUGUGGCUGGUUACUUAUCACCAAGGGAUUUCUUAUCAGGCUUAGCCUUUCGAGUUUUUCACUGCACACAGUAUGUGAGACACAGUUCAGAUCCUCUCUACACUCCAGAACCAGAUACCUGCCAUGAACUCUUAGGUCAUGUCCCUCUUUUGGCUGAACCUAGUUUUGCUCAGUUCUCCCAAGAAAUUGGCCUGGCUUCUCUUGGAGCUUCAGAAGAGGCUGUUCAAAAACUGGCAACGUGCUACUUCUUCACUGUGGAGUUUGGUCUGUGCAAACAAGAGGGGCAGCUAAGAGUCUUUGGUGCCGGCUUACUUUCUUCCAUCAGUGAACUCAAACAUGCUCUUUCUGGACACGCCAAAGUAAAGCCCUUUGACCCCAAGAUUACAUGCAAACAGGAGUGUCUCAUCACAACUUUUCAGGAUGUCUACUUUGUAUCUGAAAGCUUUGAAGAUGCAAAGGAGAAGAUGAGAGAAUUUACCAAGACAAUCAAGCGUCCAUUUGGAGUGAAGUAUAAUCCGUAUACACGGAGUAUUCAGAUCUUGAAAGAUACCAGGAGUAUAACCAGCGCCAUGAACGAGCUUCAGCAUGAGCUGGAUGUUGUCAGUGAUGCCCUUGCUAAGGUCAGCAGGCAGCUGAGCAUCUGACAGUUACCGGUCCUCAUCCUGAAAGCAUCUGAGCACCAAUUCGGAUGCCUGUGGGCCAACUGUGGCUUUGCUUAAAGAGCUGAUUGUGGAGGGACAGCAGCCAAACAAUAUUCUCUACUCACAUUCUUUAAGGGACCAUUACUCUUUGAAAAUGAGUACCCAGAUACCCCAAGCACACAUCUAGAUAUUUUAGCCACUACUUAUUUUUUUCUUUUGGUAACAGCUUUUGUGAAGUAUAAUUCACAUACUAUACAAUUCACUUACCAUCCCAGUUUUUAUAGAGAAUUUGCUUGACCCAAUGGAUAAAUCUAUUCUUAGCCUGAUUUUAUUUUCCCCAGUUCUUCUUGAGUAAAAUGAUGAUCACUUAAAAUACCUUGAUGGUUAUUAUGGAGCUAAUCCAUAUUGUUAUCUAAGAUCCUCUUGUUUCUACAGUAUCUUACUUAUCAUCAAAUUUGGGCCAAGCUUGGUCACAUUCACAUGCCUCAAUUUAAUAGGAAACCAACUCUCUCCACUGCUAGCCUGAGCACAAGCAGAGAGAGCUUUGCAUAUGAAACAUGCCUAGUAAAGAGCAGAUAGUCUAAUUUUAAGUGUAAUGUCUUGUAGGGAAAUAGGAGUAUCUAAAUCUAGAAAGGCUGAUUGGGACAUAAUCGUUAAGAAUUUGUGACUUUAUUUUGCAGGCACUAGGGAGCCCCUGCCGAGUGACCAUCCUCCUUGGGGAUGGUCUUUUCUUUCUAUGGCACUGUGUAUGUUUUACACAAUCUGCCUUACUCAGGAGGCCAAAGGGAACUUGGUGGGUGUGCCACUUGCAAGGCCCUGAACUCAGACAUGCAGCCCCAGAGAAUGUCCUCAGGUUAGCAGGAGACAGUGUUGUUAGAGGGAGAGUUCAAACUGAGACAGAGGAGAAACAUACCAAGUUAAAGUUGGAAAGCAGUGCCAAGCACUUUAUUUCCAAGGUAUAGGCAGAGACCAUAAAUAGGAAGGCCAGGCGUGAGGGUAUAGGGUGGGUAUAGGUAUAGGGUAUAGGGUGGGGAAGAAAAUGGUGUAAGGAAUGUCAGGAAGAGCAUUUUCAGACUGACACUGAAACAGUGAAGGUGGCUAGUGCUGGCUUUUAUGUGGUGUCAACGGUGUAGUACAAGGAGCAGGUCUGGUAUUAACGGGUAACUCUGGAGGCCACAGGACAGGCUUUAUUUCUUCAGUUUGCUCCUAUUCUCCCCCCACCCACGAAAAGAAGACUUUCCUCAAGUUUCUGCUUUUGGCCCUCUUUUCUCUCUGCUUUCUGUUCAUGGAGAUGUCAUCCGUGUCCAUAACUUCAAUUCUUAUUCCGUAUGUCUCCCAUAUUUGCAAUUCUAACUCUUAACACCUGUCUCGAGUUUUUGCCUUUUAAAUCCAACUGCCUACUAGAUAUUUCCAUCUAAUGCCCCAUAAAUUAGGCCAAUGUUGUGUAACUUCUUGUCACACUAUUUACAUAGAAUGAAAUGGGGUUGUGCAAAAUGGUAGCCCUGCCAAGAAUUUUAAAUUCUAUAGGUCCAAAAGGGAACUCAGAAUCACCUGAAUAUUGUGCUCCAUCAGUUUCCUCUCCCAGUGAUCUCAUUUCUAUUAAUGGUGAAUGAAACUGAAACUGUUAGUCACUUAGUCGUGUUUGAUUCUUUGUGACACCAUGGACUGCAGACCACCAGGCUUCUCUGUCCAUGGGAUUCUCCAGGCAAAAAUACUGGAGUGGGUAGCCAUUCCCUUCUCCAGGGGAUCUUCCCGACCCCAGGACUGAACCUGAAUCUCCUGCAUUGCAGGAAGAUUCUUUACUGUCUGAGCCACCAGGGAAGCCAGGGUCAUAUUUUCAGCCAAUUUUCUGUUCUUAAUCAGCUACUUUAAAAACUGUGUCCUUAAUUUUUUUCACAUUAAUAGUCAAAUUAUAUAUCAUUUAACAUUUUUUUUCCAACAGAUCACUAGAUAUUUUAAUCCUUUUUAGGCCUCAAAGGAAAAUUUAAAAAGUCUUAAAAUUUAUUUCAUUUUAUGUUAUACAAGGAAAUAGAAUUAGGAAGAGUAGUUUAUGGUACUUCAGAUUUUUACAUUACUUGUAAAUUUUAAUAGCUGAUCAACUGUUAAAUAUACCUUUGAUAGUACUAGAUCUAAGUCAGUUAAUCUGAAACCAUUUGAAAUACUGGUUAGGUAGUUUAUAGUAUUUGGUUGCAAGGAAAUCUAUGAAGCAAACCAUGAUAGAUAGCAAAUAAAAAAUUAUGCAUACUGUGUCUGGUUAUUUUCAUACAAUCUUGAUUAUGGUAAAGAAUCAUAGUUAUUGAAUUUUUAAAUGAUGGUAUUUCAAAUCACUAUGAUUAAAGCACACUAAAGUAAAUGUUAAAGACACAACAAUUAUAAUUCACAUCUUCAGAAUAAUGGAAACAUUUUAUGAUUGAUGUCAGAUUUUCUCAACUCUGAAUUUGUGAUGUUUGGUAAAUGAGGAAUCCUGAGAGUCUUAGAGUUUUCAUGCAUUUUAAAUAUAUUUCUUCAAAGCCUCAAGGAAUAUGUUAAUACUUACUCAAAUAUCAGAACAGAUUUGAACCAAAAGUGCGGUUCAUAAUGGUUAAUCAGUGAGUUAUUACUCAGAGACACAGAUGGUAUUUUCCUGACUUUUUGAAGAACGAAUGCUUCAAAAUCUGGUUGUCAGAAUGCCUACAUUUCUUAAUCUGCCUAUUUUGUCAUUUGGAGUUAUACAGUGGUAAUGACACACCAAAGUGUGUCCAAACUGAAAGAAAAAAUCCUGGAAUUACUAGAGCAACACAUAAUAGAGUUCAUAUAUUAAUCUCUAGGAAAUGUAUAAAGACGCUGUUGUCUUAUUUCAGUCUUGUCUUUAUUUUACAAUGUGAUACACAUUUGUGAUUUGAAAGUUUGUUAGUCAUUUGGAUAAUAAAAGGACACAAAAUUUAUGUUUUCAAUAAGCAUAUAUUUUUUGUCAAAUGUAUGUUAAAAAUGGAUUUAAAUGUAUAUUAGCAAUUUUAUUAGUUUCAAAAACCUGUAACAUCCUUAUUCCUUUUAAAAAGCCUAUGAAUAAUAUGAUAUAAGUGAAAUCAAAUACACCUGGAAAACCUAGUAACCAGUUUUUGGAAUUCUUGAUAAAGUUUCAGUCUUGUGUUUCUCAUCUGUUAAGUGGGCUAGAUGUACUUUCCUGGGUUAUUGUAAGAAUUACAUUGUGAGAGGACUCUGUAAAAAUAAACUUAUUAGCCAUAUGUAAAGAAUCA